GGUCGCUCUGCGCAUGCGCCCAGGCGGACAUCCGGGUUCGACAUGUAUUAUAACUCGGCUGAUGAGCGACUCGGUCGACGGUCGAACACACGAAGCAAAUGAUUCCCAUAUGUCCCGUAGUGUCCUUCACCUAUGUGCCCAGCCGGCUCGGUGAAGAUGCCAAGAUGGCUACCGGCAAUUACUUUGGAUUCAGCCACGGCGCUGCCGCCCAGUACAGUCAGCAGCAAGCGGCAGGGGUUGCCUACACGCACCCCACCACGGUGGCCAGUUACACGGUGCAUCAGGCUCCUGUGGCGGCUCACACUGUGGCGGCAGCCUACGCUCCCACUGCAGCCACAGUAGCUGUAGCCAGGCCUGCGCCCGUCGCCGUGGCAGCUGCCACUGCUGCAGCGUAUGGAGGAUACCAGCCAACCCAUGCUGCCACUGACUAUGGCUACCCUCAGCGCCAGCCUGAAGUCCCUCCACCACCCCCACCCGUCACCUCGCAGAACUACCAGGACUCUUAUUCAUAUGUCCGCUCCACCGCUCCAGCCGUAGCCUACGACACUAAGCAGUAUUACCAGCAGCCCACUGCUACAGCAGCUGUUGCUGCUGCGCAGCCACAACCCAGCGUGGCAGAUUCUUACUACCAGACAGGUAUGCUAAAUACAGCCCCCAAACCAGGAUACAGCCAGGGGGUAACAUCAUACACCCAGAGCCAGCAGACGCGACAGGUGACUGUGAUCAAGCCAGCCGCUCCCAGUCCCUCAUCCACCUUCUCCAUCUAUCCAGUGACCUCCACCGUCCAGCCUGCUGCUGCCUCUGUGGUCCCCUCGUACUCCCAAAGCCCAACCUACAGCACUAAUGCUGUCACCUACUCUGGAACCUCGUACUCGGGCUAUGAAGCAGCAGUUUACUCGGCAGCCUCCAGCUACUACCAGCAGCAGCAGCAGCAGCAGCAACAACAGAAGCAGGCGGUGGCAGCUGCAGCAGCAACAGCAGCGUGGACGGGGAACACUUUCACCAAGAAACCCCCCUUCCAGAGUAAGCAGCUCCGGCCCAAACAGCCGCCCAAGCCCCCUCAGAUCCACUAUUGCGAUGUCUGUAAGAUCAGCUGUGCUGGCCCACAGACGUACAAGGAGCAUUUGGAGGGGCAGAAGCACAAGAAGAAGGAGGCAGCGCUGAAGGUUUCCCAGAGCAGCAGCAGCAACAGCAGUAGUGGUGGUGGGGCUUUGGCCCGCAAUGCUCAGAACCAGCUCCGCUGUGAACUGUGUGAUGUUUCCUGCACUGGCGCUGAUGCCUAUGCCGCCCACAUCCGUGGAGCCAAGCACCAGAAGGUUGUGAAGCUCCAUACCAAACUUGGGAAGCCCAUUCCAUCUACUGAGCCCAGUAUGGUCACUCAGACAUCUUCCUCCACCACAGCGGCUCCCAGUAAGACCACCUCAUCCACCCUGAGCAGUUCAGGCAGCACCGGCUCUCUGUGUGUGUCUGCUUCCUCCUCCCCUGCCACCAGCUCCAGCGCCCCCUACCUGAAGCCAGUCAACAUAGUCAGCAGUGGUGUUACAGGCGUCAAGAACGCUCUCGUAAACAACCUCUCUGCUGCCAACUCUGCCUCAGCUGGGAAGAAGGUCAAUGCCCCCAAGAUCAAUUUUGUUGGUGGCAAUAAAUUGCAGACUACAGUAAAGAUGGACGAGGCCAGAUCAGAGGCCAAAGUGGAUUCUUCUAAACCUGCGACACCCUCUUCAGGUGCUCAAGACCUCAAGACUGAGGUGUCCGAUUCUCUGUCCCUGGCUGGACUGCAGAGUGACGUCCAGCCGGUCGGUCACGACUAUGUUGAGGAAGUCAGGAAUGAUGAAGGCAAAGUCAUCCGCUUCCACUGUAAGCUGUGUGAAUGUAGUUUCAACGACCCCAAUGCAAAGGAAAUGCAUCUUAAAGGUCGAAGGCAUCGCCUGCAAUACAAGAAAAAGGUGAACCCAGAUCUGCAGGUGGAAGUCAAGCCCAGCAUCCGGGCAAGAAAGAUUCAGGAAGAAAAGAUGAGGAAGCAGAUGCAGAAAGAGGAGUACUGGAGAAGAAGGGAGGAGGAAGAGCGCUGGAGAAUGGAGAUGAGGCGUUAUGAAGAAGACAUGUAUUGGAGACGUAUGGAGGAAGAGCACCACUGGGACGAUCGACGCCGUGUUCCAGAUGGAGGCUUCCCCCAGGGGCCUCCUGGCCCUCCUGGGCUGCUCGGAGUCCGGCCCGGCAUGCCUGGCCUGCAACCUCAGGGGCCCGUGCCCCCACGGCGUCCUGAUUCUUCAGAUGAUCGCUAUGUCAUGACCAAGCACGCCGCCAUCUACCCUUCAGAGGAUGAGCUCCAGUCCAUCCAGAAGAUCGUGUCCAUCACAGAACGGGCCCUCAAACUGGUCUCUGACAUAAUCACAGACCAGGACAAGGAUAAGGAUAAGGAUAAGGAAGAGGACCAGGAGAAGAAAGACUCCUGUAAAGACAGAGCCCUGAAGGGAGUGAUGAGAGUUGGAGUCCUGGCCAAAGGCCUGCUCCUGCGUGGAGACACGAACGUCAACCUGGUCCUCCUCUGCUCUGAGAAGCCCACCAAGGACCUGCUCAGCCGCAUAGUGGAGCACCUCCCCAAACAACUAACACUGGUAACACCAGAAAAGUACGAGGUCCAGGGCUCUGUCCAAGAAGCAGCCAUCAUCCUGACAUCAGGUGCCGAGCCAAAGAUGCAAGUGACAAUCACGCUGACUUCACCCGUCAUCAGAGAGGAGAGCGGCCGGGACGGAGAUGUAACCUCGGGUAUGGUGAAAGACCCAGCGGACGUCUUGGACAGGCAAAAAUGCCUUGACGCUCUGGCUGCUCUGCGCCACGCUAAGUGGUUCCAGGCUAGAGCUAAUGGACUUCAGUCCUGUGUGAUCAUCAUCCGGAUCCUGAGAGACCUCUGUCAGCGAGUUCCCACGUGGUCAUCCUUCCCCGGAUGGGCCAUGGAGCUGCUGGUGGAGAAGGCCAUCAGCAGCGCCUCCGCCCCCCUCAGCCCCGGUGACGCUCUGAGACGGGUCUUUGAAUGUAUCUCCUCUGGGAUUCUACUCUCCGGGGGGCCGGGUCUGAUGGAUCCCUGUGAGAAGAAGUCAGUGGACACACUCACCCCCAUGGGGGAGCAGCAGAGAGAAGACAUCAGCUCCAGUGCCCAGUUCGCUCUGAGGCUGCUGGCGUUCCGUCAGAUCCACAAAGUUCUGGGCAUGGACCCUCUGCCACAGAUGAACCCUCGCUUCAACGUCCGCAACAGCCGCAAGCGUCGCCGUGACAACAGCGAUGGGACGGACAGCUUUGAGGGUGAAGGCAAAAAAGACAAGAAGGACUACGAUAGUUUCUAAGUUUGUUAUCAAUUUGAUCUACAUGCAGACGUACUAACAUGUUGUAUGCGCUGUCUCCUGUGUGUUGUCUUUUUUUUUAAUGCUACAAUGUCCCAGUGUAACCGCAGCCUCGCUCACUCGCUGUCACACUUACAGAGAUGUCAGUGUUGUGUUUUAGUGGAGACCUCUGUACUAGAUGGAGCCGUUCGUACCUGAUGUGUUCUGAUCGUGGUUUGUUCAGCUGCUUCCCUUUGACCUGCGUUCGUUUGGUUUUAAGUUGUAAGGGAAGACGGAAGCCCGACUUCUCUGUAUCAAGGAUCAGGAGGAAAAAGGAAGGUGACAUCCAUCUGUACAGUUGCAUUCAGAGCUGCUCUGUAUUGUUGUUGUGAAGCAUUUAUUUGGCCAACUGAAAUGUCAGAGUUUUUCUUUUGAGUAUGAAUAAUUGUACUUACUGCUUGUGAUGUUGAUGCUGUGGUCUUGUUCUUUCCCAAUGCUACACUAAAGAUUAAGGACGAAGAAGAAAGAGUGGAAACAUUAAUGUUGUGAGGGUUCAUCCGCUGGGGAACACAAGGUCUUUUCUGAAUGAUGAUGAUGAUGAGGAGACCUACGGGGCAUUGCACACUGUUAAUAGAUCUUUGUAUUUAGUGAAGUCGUCAGCCCUUAUUGUAGUUUGCCUUCAUUUUCAUACAUUUAUACAUAUAUAUGUAUGAAAAUAUUUGUAUAAUAAGAUAAAAAUGCUUUGGUUUGUGGAAACAUGGCCAUGUUCACCUUGCGCAUACUGUCUUGGCUUUUAAAACGUAAACUCUUCCUGGUUGAUGAGGAUCUUUACUGACUUGCUUGCCUUUUAAUUUGGUUAGGUACUAAUGUAGAUUCAAUUAUGGAAAAAUAAAGCGAAAUCAUUGGUGUCCGAUGACAUAGCUGCCCUUCAGCACAGGUCCUGUUGUGAACGACUGCUGUGUUUGGCUGUCUGCUUCAAUAGUUCCAUCAGCAGAAUAAAAUCAUCCUGAUUGAA